CCUGGGCAAGAAGACAGACGUGUACUGGCUCGGUACGCGGACGGUUCAUCCUGUUUUCGCUUUGACACGUAAUCUUCUUCAGUAAAAAGUGAAACCCUUCACAUCAAGUUUUAGCUUGUCGAGGAGAGGUGCAAUUUGUGAUAAAAAAGGAAAAGUGCAUUAAUCAACCUUCAAUUUUAUAAUUUACUUAUUGUUAUUUUCGUAACAUUAUUUCUUCAAUAAUUGUGUUUGGUAAACUUUAAGGCAUCCAAUUUAAUAACUGGAGCCUCUUACAUAUGAUAGUCUGAAAGGAUGUUAUUCACAUGACACAGGCGUACCAGCUCAGACAUUUACUUUAAAUACAUCUUCCGUUUACAAAGCUAUUACUGAUACAAUAUAAAUUCUAAGGAUGGGAAACUUAAAGAAGACAGAUUUAAGGUUUUUACAUAUAGUUCUUUUAGGUGUAAUAACGACUUUAACAACUGCACAAAGAGCCAAAACAGAUCCUGCAGGGGAAGAACCGAAUCCUCUAAUCGAAGCUGCGAAAUCGUUGUUACAAGAGCAGCUGCAGAGUCAAGGCGGAGGAGGUGCAGCUGAAGCUGUAUCUGGCCUGUUGCAGAACUUCAUGCAGUCCGAUGGAGGCCGGAAUAUAGGAGACAUGCUAAUGGGAGCUACCAAACCCAACAAUGGUGCCAAUGCUGUAGAUAUAUUAUCAGGGCUAGGUUCCAUCUUGUCGGCAGCAACUGGGGGUCAGGGCAAGAGUAACGAAGGUGGAUUUGACCCUCAGUUAAUUGGUCAGAUGGUAAGCAUGUUUGCCAAUCAGGCCGUAAGUGGUGAUAACGGUGAUGGGAACGCUAACAGCAAUGUUGACAUUAAUAACAACGACAUAAAGAAGGGGCAGAACAGAAAGACGGACGGUGGGAAUGAUGCUGGGAUUGACUGGGACUCUGUGAUGGGUUUAGCGUCUAAUUUCAUGGCAGCACAAGGCGGAACGGGUGGCGGGUGGGAGACUGUUUUGAAUAUGCUGCCUAUGUUACUGGGUGGAAGUGAAAGUGGCAAUCAAGUGAAGAAGAUCCAUAACAAACAUCAGCAGCACAAAGCGACGUCAUAUCUUCCCCCUUUCAUGGAGACACUCUAUGACUACUGGGACCACUUUAAGAGCUCCGAGUUGGGGCAGACCCUAUGGCACAACAGCGGGCUUGAAGCAACGGUCAAGCUCUUCACUGAUGAGGAUGGACACUUCGAAAUGGAGCGCAUUUUUGGGUCUCUAGAAAAUGCGUCCUUCCGCAGACGUUGGGUCAAGAGUCUCACUAGCUUCGUAGCGGAAUGGAUAGCGCACAUUUCAGACCCCGCUACUCAGGCCAGGUACCUGGCGACGCUACAGUUCGUCGGCAAUGGGUUUCUUAAAGCUCAGGGAUACCACAAGGGGCAACUCUUUGAUCCGCAGCGGCCUGCAGAGUCUCUGAGUCACCUGGUAAACGCAGUGUUCAAGCGCCAAUUUGGCCUUAAAGUGAACUCCGCCACCUACAUUAAACCUGCUAUCGCAUACGUUCAGGAGGUGCUGAAGAUGGGACAGAGCAAGGGUCUAAGUCUAUCAAACCUCAAUUCACAUGAGAUUGAGAGCAAGCUGUCGGAGACACUUAAUGGAGAAGUCAUAGAGCCCAUGCUACGAGUGUGGCGAGCAUAUCGCUAUGGAACCAGGCACCCUCAGUGUGACCGUUAUGUUAUCUGUGCUGUGAACCAACAGGACCCUUCAGCAGAUCAGGGUGCCGGCCUUAGGCCAGGCACUACAAAACUUGCAAGUAUCAUAGCUUCAUGGUUCCUCUCAAGCAACACAGGUACACCAUUCUGGAAGCUAUACAAUGCUGCUACAGAGGACCACAACUGUCAGAUGAAGUAUCAGGUGGACUGCAGUGACUACGAUGCAGAAGAUAUAAAAGCAACAACUGAGUAUGCCCACAAUGAACUCUAGUGAUCUGAACACAUUACACUCUGCUCUGUGAUGGACACAUACUUCAUGAACCUACUGUAGUAGUAAACUCAAUGCUCCCCCCCCCCACGCCCCAUUUAGCAUACUAAAGAGGAUAUUAAACUGACUGGCACAUAAAGGUUACAUGUGAAGAAAGAACCAACAUGCAAACCAUCAUGGGUAGGUCUCACAGGUGGUGCAAAUGAAGUUUCAAGCUCAAGUUUAUCAAACUAUAUAAUUUAAUUUUAAAGGUCAGAAAAAGUGAUGAAAAUAAGCAUGUCACUUAGGUUAUUCAAAACAGUGCAAGCAAAAUGUUUCAUCACUUUGGCAAAUAAUUCUUAGUUUUUAGGAAUUUUGAUAUUGUUAUGGGAGACCUGAAUUUUUAUUACCAUCUCUUAAGUGCAAAGUGAAUCCACGCCGUGACAGUGACUUACACAAAUGUGUGUUAAAUAUCGCAAUAAAUAAGGAGUGUCAUGAGCAAUCUGAAGAUAUUCAUAUAUAUCCAGGGCUGCCAACGGGCAAUUAACACCUCGGGCAGCUCAAGUAUCCAUGCUUCUUGAUCAUUUCAAUCUAAAUUUUCUCAAAAUUCAGUUCGUUAUAGUUUUACAGGUAUUACAACUCAACAAUGAAAUACAAAUAUAAAUUUGUAAAUUCCAUGCAACAGAAAUUUGAGCUGUUUUAUGUACUUUCAUUUGAAAUGUUUACUGUUAUUGCUUGGAGCCGGGAUAGCAACUGGCUAUCCCGGUUGGGAUAGCUGGACUGGACAACCCAGGGGUCAGAGUUCAAGUUUUGGCAGGGUCAAGAAUGUUCUCUUCUCUAUGUCAUCUAGCCUCCUAUUUACCCCAUGGGUAAAGCGGCAGGGGCAUGAAGCUUACCACUCACUUCCAGCUAGUGUCAAAGUCAAGAAAAUAUGGAUCUA